GAAGGGGAUGGGAUAGUUCACCAGGCAGAGUUCACUCGACUUCAGAGCAAGUGGACAGUAACUUUUUUAUUUUAUUUUUAACUCCUGAAGUCUCAACCCUCUUCGUUGCUCUGAUUGCCCCCAAUUACUAGUCACAGAAUGGAAUAGGUUAAGAGUGUGGGUCGGUGUCGUAGAAGAUAGAUCAAACCAGAGUCGUGUUUUCUCUCUGGAGCUGUGGAUUGGCAUGUCUUCCUCCAGCCCUGACAGUGAAUGUGAUCAGCGUGGCUCUACAGACGACCUGACUGGUGCAGCUUAUAGAAUUAUGUAAAUAUUAAUAAGGAGAGAAAUUAGAUCAUUUAUAGAGGUAAUUGAGUAAAUGUGGUAUUUAAAAAAAGGGGCCUGGCAUAUUAGGCUACAGCUUUGAAAAUGUUUUGCCCUAAUUUACAGUUUUGACGCAAUAGCUUAGAAUUCAUUCAUCCAGUUGCCUAAAACUAAUAUUUUAUUUCGUCUCAGUAAAAUGGCACGUGUUUGCGCGCAUGGUUUUUUUCCUCACUAAUUUAUCAGCUACCAACUCAUGAAAAGCUUAAUUAAAACUGCGUAUAGCUCAUUACCAGACCAGUUGGCAUAACGACAUGCCUCCGUGUGUAGACCUAUUUGCCUUCCACUCCUCUGUGUCAAAGAUUGGUGUAUUUUAACAUUCAGUUGCAUCACUUCUAUUUUGUCCCUUAUUUUCCAGCCGAUUUUAAAGUCCAUCAUUAGCAGUAAAAACAGUUGUGAUUUGGACAGUGUGGAUAACGCGUUAGGAAUUAUGUUGCCCGUCUCCGCACGCGAUUGGAGCUAAGGGUGUGAUGUCAUACCACCAUGAGCCCCUGAUUGGCGUUAGGAAGCGGUGUCAGUGGAGUAAACAAAGCAGCAAGGAGAGGUCUGAACUUCACAUCCCACUCCAUCACAGAUAGACCGAAUCCGACUUUUACGCGAAGGAGCGUCCGGCUUGAAAGUCUUUUCAAAUCAGAUCGAAAGUUCAUGACAGUUCGCUAACUCAACUUUUAAGACCCGUGUCAAAGACGUGGAAAGGCCAGCGGCAGAGCAGUCAGCUGCCGAGACCUCUAAAGAGGUGUCAUCAUAUUUUAACCCGGUUCAACCCUCAUUGUCCGGGUAGAUUUGUUAUUUUAAUCACAGAGAGAUAGAGAGAGAGAGAGAGAGAGAGAGAGAGAGAGAGAGAGAGAGAGAGAGAGAGAGAACUCGAAAUCGAAAUCAUUGCGCUCCACCCCUUAACUUCGCGGUAAAACCAUGCUCGUAUACUAGGGUCAACGGCAUUGCUCCAUAUUUCAAUUUACCCAAGAGCAAUUUCAGAAUGAAUUUACAUUGUUCUCGCUGUUGCAGGCUACCAAUCGGGUAUGUAGCCUAGACAUUCGCUGUCAGUUUAAGCAGAGCCCGCUGCAUUUUGGCCAUACAGUGAGCGCGCAGGAUUUGGGAAGCCACUUUUCUCCGGUGUGUCUGUGUGAGUGAGUGAGUGUGAGAACCUGUAGUGUUCCUCUCCCGUCCAGGUGGUCAGCCGGACGGAGCGGAGUCUCCCGCUCAGCCCAGCGGAGCUGUCAUGCUGCCCAAAGGCGACACGGAAUCUCUAGGACUCGUUCGAUCGCAUGGAGAACAGGGGCACAUGCCAAGAAAUAUGCAAGCCCCCCACUAUAAAAUGAUGGACUACUCCUAUGAUGAAGACUUGGAUGAGAUGUGUCCGGUUUGUGGCGACAAGGUUUCUGGGUACCACUAUGGGCUCCUCACAUGUGAAAGCUGCAAGGGCUUCUUCAAGCGCACGGUUCAGAACAACAAACGGUACACAUGCAUAGAGAACCAGACAUGUGCCAUCGACAAGACACAAAGAAAACGCUGCCCUUAUUGCCGCUUCCAGAAGUGCCUCACUGUUGGCAUGAAGCUGGAAGCUGUGAGGGCGGACCGCAUGCGUGGUGGCCGCAACAAGUUUGGCCCCAUGUACAAGCGCGACCGGGCCCUCAAGCAGCAGAAGAAAGCGCUGAUCCGCGCUAACGGCCUGAAGAUCGAGUCCAUGACCCAGGUGAUGCCCACCGACCUCACCGUCUCCUCGGCCAUCCAGAACAUCCACCAGGCCGCCUCCAAGGGCCUGCCGCUCAGCCACCACGGCCACCCGCACCACGCCGCCCUGCCCCACACAGACUACGAUCGCAGCCCCUUCGUCACGUCUCCCAUCAGCAUGGCCAUGCCCCCCCACACUGGUUCCCUCCAGGGCUACCAGGCGGCCUACGGCCACUUCCAGAGCACCCGCACCAUCAAGUCAGAGUACCCGGACCCGUACACCAGCUCGCCCGAGUCCAUCAUGGGUUACAACCCGUACAUGGAUGUGUACCAGACGGGCUCGCCGCCCAGCUUCCCACACCUCAUCGUGGAGCUGCUGAAGUGCGAACCUGAUGAGCCUCAGGUGCAGACCAAGAUCCUGGCCUACCUGCAGCAGGAGCAGGCCAGCCGGGGGAAACACGACAAACUCAACACGUUCGGCCUUAUGUGCAAGAUGGCCGACCAGACGCUGUUCUCGAUCGUGGAGUGGGCCCGGAGCAGCAUCUUCUUCCGCGAGCUCAAGGUGGACGACCAAAUGAAGCUCCUCCAGAACUGUUGGAGCGAGCUCCUCAUCCUCGACCACAUUUUCCGCCAGGUGAUGCACGCCAAAGAGGGCUCCAUCCUAUUGGUCACCGGCCAACAGGUGGAUUAUUCUGUAAUUGCCUCCCAAGCCGGAGCUACUCUAAACAACCUGAUGAGCCAUGCUCAGGAGCUGGUGGGCAAGCUGCGCUCCCUGCAGCUGGACCAGAGGGAGUUCGUCUGCCUCAAGUUCCUGGUUCUCUUCAGCUUGGACGUGAAGAACCUGGAGAACUUCCACCUGGUGGAGAGCGUCCAGGAGCAAGUGAACGCGGUGCUGCUGGACUACGUCAUGUGCAACUACCCCCAGCAGACAGACAGGUUUGGCCAGCUGCUCCUGCGGCUGCCUGAGAUCCGGGCCAUCAGCCUCCAGGCCGAGGAGUACCUGUACUACAAGCACCUGAACGGAGACGUGCCCUGUAACAACCUGCUCAUCGAGAUGCUACACGCCAAGAGAGCCUGAUGAGACUGCAGAUGGGAUCCUGAUCGUUUGGCUGUUUUGUUGGUUGAGACCAAACCCUUACCCGCAAAAACAGAAACCGACUCAGAACGGACUCUGUUUUGUUGGUUGAGACCAAGUCCUUACCUGCAGAACAGAAACCGACCCAGAACCGACUCCUCCCAUUUUAAAGUUAGACUUAGUGAUUCUGGGGCAGGAGGCAUCAGUCCUUCUCAUUUAUCAUAAUGAUCAACCAUCCUGGCAUGCAAACAGAGGCAAAAGAACAUGCAGAAAUGGACACCCACACUUACACAUGCUGUGCACACACACACACACACGCACGCACGCACGCACGCACGCACGCACACACACACGCACGCACGCAUGCGCACGCACGCACGCACGCAUGCGCACGCACGCACAUACAAACACAUUUAGGCACUCACACACACGUACACGUACGUACACACACACACACACACAUAUACACACAUUAAGGCACACACACGUUCAAAUUCAUACAAUACGCAUAUAUAUUACACACACACACACAUCCCUGCACUCUAAGACAGAUGCAUCUGGAGCCCUGGGUAAAGCUUCCAGAGACAGAGAGAAACAGUUGAAAUGCUUGAGAACUGUCCAUUCGUCUCAUGGGACAUGGAAGAUACCUUUUGACUGCUUUUAAUAAAAACACAAACCAUCAAGGUGAUACAAGGACCAAUGGACUGUAACUGAAUGAACAAAACCAAUGAGUAUUCUAAACCUCUCACAUUGUUAAAGGGUUUUGAGCAACGAAGAGAGAGAGAGCCAACCACCUUAUGAUCACAGACCCUAUGAUGUCUGUGGUGAGGGCUUCAAAGGGGAGCAGGGACUUUGGCUGAAGGAAUUUGGAGCACACUUUUUUUAGACUGGGCCAUGGUUGGCAGGGUUGGUAAUGUAUUGGGCUGUAUUGGGUACUGUAUUGGGCAGACCAGAGCAGCCUGUCAGCCGGGCAAGAGUUUCUUUAGUCACCUGUUUCAAAGACACACAGUCUGCAUGGCUAAUAGGCCAGACAGACAGACAGCAAUAGAAAACAGCUGAAAAGGUCAGACCCCGACAGAGACUCAUAUGACGGUCAGUAAGUCUUUUCUGAUCCCGCGUAAAAUAAAUUAUAUAAAAAAAGAAAAGAAAAAACAACGAACAAAAUGUAUGAAAACUUGACGGAACAAAAAGAGAUAAGAUAAAAAAAUAAACAUUUUAGAAAAUGGCAGUUAUUUCCUCCUCUUGGUCAUUGAUGCUCCUCUUUGUAACCACCCUAUAAUCUCCCCCCAACCUUCCCAAAACGGUUCUUUACAGAAGUAAAACACAUUUUACACAACAUAGAUAAGUAAUUAGAAAAUAAUUUUAUGGUUGUCCCCCCCCUCUAGGAGGAGAAACUGCCUUUUGUCUGAACAGACCAAAGCUUGCUGCAGAACAUCAAACAAAAAUGUAACAAAACCUUAACUAUCAGUAUUAUAAAUUUGUGAUGUCACAGUCAUGUGAGUCUUGCCUUAUUUCAUUACCAUGCUAGCUAACCGUGCAGAUGUGAAUGAAAUUAUGUACAAAUAUAUAUAAAGUAUUAAUGUUAUAAACAUUUAAAAAAUUCAAUAAUUCAAGAGGUGUUUACGUUCAAGCUGUCCCGUGGAAGAGAACUGUGAGGAAGUAAAUUGCAAAGCAAUGAUUUACAAAAAAAUCGAGAAAAAAAAAUCACAAAAUAGAUUCUGGUAUGCUUUCUUUGGUGUGUACAGUGUUAUAGCGUUUUGUUUCUUUAACCAGUACUUAAUUAUGUUGUGAGACACUAAAAAUCAGAAAGGAAUCUCACUUAAAAUGUCAUUUCUAACUGUUUUUUUCUUUUGGCAUUCAAAUGUUUUUGCAUAUUGUGUAAGAGUUUCGGACACUUGUUUUUUGUAGAACUUUUUAUUAUUAUUUUUCAAUGUUCUACCUGUCGGUAUAUGUCACUGGUUACGCUUAAAAAUGAAACUAACUUAUUGGUUUUGUCCCUUUGUGUGUUAUAAGCACAAGGCGACAAAUCUAAAUAUAUUUGUUUAGUGUUGCAUGUUAUGUUUUUUUUACUUAUUAUCAAUGCAGUUCAGGAACAAAACAAUGAUCUUCAUAAUGAUACUUUCGUUUUUAUUAAUUGUCUAUAGGAGUCUGAGCUUUAAAAAAUACACUCCUCUCCACAUGUAUUUGGACAGUGAAGCGAAAAUGUAAAAUGUUUCUUUUUACUCCAUCAUUCUUUUAUACUAAAACAAUUGCUCAGAGAAAUAUAUUUUGUCUAACAAUUAAUAAAACAUUGCUUUUUUUAAAGAUAGGGGUCAAAAUUAUCUUGAUCAAAAGGUACCAAUAAUUAUGGACCUGACUGUAUGAAAAUACCCUCAAAUAAAAGCUGACUGUUCUGUCGCCUUACAUGAAACAUUUUAUCUAAAAUCUAAAAGGCUGGAGUAUUGAGCCACAUUUUAAAAUGUAGCUUCAUUGUCUCAAUAAAUAUGUAGAGGAGUGUAAUUCUUGUAUUUAAGUUAAUGGGUAUGACUGAUACUGUCCUUGCUUCAGUUGUUUCGUAAUGAAUUUCAACUACCUUCACAUUUCAGUGGCGUUUGUUCUAUACCAAAGACGGCAUUGGUCCCGUGAGUUGUGGUUACCUGUGAUGUGUCGUAAUUGAACGAACAAACAGUUUCCCCCCAGCCGUCCAGAAGUUUGAGCUGUGCUUACCUGUGAUGUGUCGUAAUUGAACGAACAAACAGUUUCCCCCCAGCCGUCCAGAAGUUUGAGCUGUGCUUACCUGUGAUGUGUCGUAAUUGAACGAACAAACAGUUUCCCCCCAGCCGUCCAGAAGUUUGAGCUGUGCUUACCUGUGAUGUGUCGUGAUUGAACGAACAAACAGUUUCCCCCCAGCCGUCCAGAAGUUUGAGCUGUGCUUACCUGUGAUGUGUCGUAAUUGAACGAACAAACAGUUUCCCCCCAGCCGUCCAGAAGUUUGAGCUGUGCUUACCUGUGAUGUGUCGUGAUUGAACGAACAAACAGUUUCCCCCCAGCCGUCCAGAAGUUUGAGCCGUGGUUACAUGUGAUGUGUCGUAACUGAACAAACAGUUUUUCCCCCCCAGCCUUCCUGAAGUUUGGCAUUCUGUAAUGUCAGUUUGUAGAAUUCUAUUGAUGUUGUCUUACACUUUUACCAAACACUGACUUCAUAUGGCCCCCAAUCAUUUGUGAUACACACAAACCUGUCAAGUAUAUACUGUAUAUAAUCGUCUGCAUUGAAGUCAUCGAUGUCAAAAUCGAUCAAGUCUUUUUACCGAUGCACUAUGGUGAAAAACAAACAACGCUCAAAUAUACAUUUAUUUCAAUGUUUAUAUUUUUGUAUUUGUUUUGGCAUGAAUCUGCUUCCAUAAUUAACUGUGUUAGUAUUGAUUGACAAUCUCUAUCAGUCCCUUCUCAUUCUGUGUGUUCUGGUAAAGUUCUACAGCUGCCUUGGAUGUCCUCAAACACACGGAUCACUCCUGAACGUGCUGACCCUCUGCUUGUCUAUGAACCCCACGCUGUCAUACUUGCACCCUUUCAUGUCACUUCCUGGUCUGGGGAGUUCUUUCAAAGCUGAUGGACUUUUUCCUCAUAUUUCAAUAAAUCAUUAUAUGCCAACAA